GGCUCGGAACUUUCCGGACCCCUCGCAAGAAAGCUUAGAUCGGGAGCCAAUGGGCGCUGCAAGCCCCUUGGCUUGUGACCAGCUAUGAGCCGGCAGCGGCCCUUCUGGCUGCCUCCGCCGCUCUUCCUCUCAAAUCCCUUUUUCCGCAGCCAAGAUGCCGAGGGCGAGAACAGCAGCGACGACUUGUUUUCAGACUUCGAGGGCUUCGACAACGAGAGCUCCUUCUCCCUAGACGACUGGGAUGUGGACGACCUAAGCGAUUUCGACAGCGGCGCGCGCUAUGAAGGGGCGUCCCAGAGCCGCAGGGUGAGGGCGCUGCUCAUCAUUGCCUACUCGGUCAUCAUCUGCAUCUCGCUCUUCGGGAAUCUGCUGGUCUGCCACGUGGUGGUGAAGAACAAGAAGAUGCACACGGCCACCAGCCUCUUCAUCGCCAACCUGGCCGUGGCGGACAUCAUGAUCACCACCCUGAACACGCCCUUCACUUUGGUCCGAUUUGUUAGCAGUACCUGGGUUUUUGGAAAGCAGAUGUGCCACGUGAGCCGGUUCGUCCAAUAUUGCUCUGUCCACGUAUCUGUGCUGACUCUGACAGCUAUUGCUCUGGACCGCCAUCAGGUCAUCGUGCAUCCACUGAGGCCUCGGAUGUCCAUGGUGAAAGGAAGGAUCUGCAUCGCUGUCAUCUGGUUAAUGGCAAGCUGUUUCUCUCUGCCCCAUGCCAUCUACCAGAAGCUGAUAUGGCUUUCUUUGGGAAACAGAACGAUUCGCAUGGUCUGCCUCCCAAGCUUCCCCCCUCCAAAGGACCUUUAUUGGAAGUACCUGGAUUUGACCACCUUCUUCCUCCUGUACCUCCUGCCCCUGUCGGUAAUCUCCAUCGCUUACACAGUGGUUGCCAAGAAAAUCUGGAUGCGGAACGCCAUUGGUGAUGUGACCAUGGAGCAGUACUAUGCCCACCAGAGGAAGAAGAAGAUGACAUUGAAGAUGCUGAUGGUGGUUGUGCUGGUCUUCGCUGUCUGCUGGUUCCCAUUAAAUUGCUACUUGGUUCUCAUGUCUAGCAAGGCCAUCCAGAGCAACAACGUCCUUUACUUCGCUUUCCAUUGGUUCGCCAUGAGCAGCACCUGCUACAAUCCUUUCAUCUACUGUUGGCUGAAUGAGAACUUCCGCUCAGAGUUCAGGUCCCUGCUGCGUAUGCGCUGGAGGAAGAGGGCCUCUGGAAAUCAUACCCUGCAGUUAAUCAUGGCCCCUUUCAGGCACACCUGCAGUGAGAAUUGCCCCUGCAAGCAAGGUACCAUUUCAGCAAACAAGAGGUGCAUCCCACAGGAAUUUGGUAUGGACAGAGAUAUCCAUUGUUCGGCCAACAAUGGGUAG